GGUGCGCAGCCCGACCCUCGGCAGCUUCGUCGGGCCGGCCGCGCCUUUCCCGAGCGGAGCCUGCAGGGCGCGCUGGCCCUUCCCUCCCGCGGAGAGUCUCCGGGCCUUGGGCUGAGCGCCCGGCCGGAAGUGGGGGCUGCGCGGCGGCCUGACUGCAGCAGCCGUGGCUCUCCGAGGGCCGCCGGGAACCGCCGCCGACGCCGCCGGGAUGCAGCCGGGCCGCGACGCCGCGCUCGCCUCAGAAGCCGAAAGGCCGACGACUCCUCGCCUCCCGCAGAUGCCCAGGAAGGAGAAGGGGAACCAGGCUCCCCCCGGCUGGGCCAGGCGCCUCCUGGGCUUUGAGUGUGGGGACCUGGCCGGCUGGCACCGGAUCGUCUGCUUGCUGAACAGGCCAACUGAUCCCGCAGCCCUCGGGGUCUUCCGCUUCCUCUUUGGUCUGCUGAUGGCCUUGGACAUCCCCCAGGAGCGAGGGCUGAGCUCUCUGGAUCAGAAAUACCUGGAUGGGCUGCAGGUUUGUCGCUUCCCUCUCUUCAACUUCCUGGAGCCACUGCCCCUGGACUGGAUGUACCUGGUCUACACAAUAAUGCUGUUGGGUGCUGUGGGGAUCAUGCUGGGCUGCUUUUACCGACUGAGUUGCCUCCUCUUCCUGCUGCCUUACUGGUAUAUCUUCUUCCUGGACAAAACCACUUGGAACAACCACUCCUAUCUCUACGGCCUCCUGGGCUUCCAGCUGCUGUUCAUGAACGCGAAUCGCUAUUGGUCUAUUGAUGGUCUCUGGCAACCACGGAAGAGAAAUGCUCACGUCCCUUUGUGGAAUUACACCGUUCUUCGUAUGCAGAUCUUCAUUGUUUAUUUCAUCGCGGGCAUCAAGAAGCUGGAUGCUGACUGGGUACAGGGCUACUCCAUGGGCUCCCUUGGGAGGCACUGGCUCUUCAGCCCUUUCAGGUUGUUGAUGUCCGAGGAACUGACCAGUUUAUUGGUGGUGCACGGUGGAGGGCUUGUGUUGGACCUGACGGCUGGCUUUCUGCUCUUCCUGGACGCUACCCGUCCCUUUGCCCUUUUCUUCGUCUCCUACUUCCACUGCAUGAAUUCCCAAAUUUUCAAUAUUGGCAUGUUUUCUUACACCAUGCUGGCCACCAGCCCACUCUUCUGCUACCCAGACUGGCCACGUCGACUGAUUGCCACGCUCCCUGCCUGCUUCCACAAGUUCCUGCCGCUUACCGAGCCUCCACAGCAGAGCCUGGAGUGCGUUUAUCUGGAAACGGAGCGGCGAAGGCCCAGGGGAGCAGCUAGGAAAUUGGGGUUGCGGCAGAAGCUGGGUGCCAUUUUUACUAUUCUGUACAUCACGGAGCAGUUCUUCCUACCUUACUCACACUUUAUUACCAAGGGCUACAACAACUGGACAAACGGGCUCUAUGGCUACUCGUGGGACAUGAUGGUCCAUUCACGCUCCCACCAACACGUGAAGAUUACUUACCGUGAUGGUCGCACUGGGGAGAUUGGCUACCUGAACCCCGGGGUCUUCACACAGAGCCGGCGCUGGAAGGACCAUGCGGACAUGCUGAAGCAGUACGCCACUUGCCUCAGUCAUCUGUUGAGCAACUACAACGUCUCGGAACCGGAGAUCUACUUUGAUGUUUGGGUUUCCAUCAACGAUCGUUUCCAGCAAAGGCUCUUCGAUCCAAACACUGACAUUGUCCGCGCCCAGUGGUCCCCCUUCCAGAAGACCCCGUGGCUGAAGCCUCUUCUGAUAGAUUUGUCACCCUGGAGGACCAAAUUGAUAGAGAUUGAAAAGUCACUGGACAACCAGACCGAGGUUGUCUUCAUCGCAGAUUUCCCAGGGCUGCACCUGGAGAACUUUGUGAGCGAGGACCUGGGUAACACCAGCCUCCAUUUGCUGAAAGGGGAAGUCACGGUGGAGGUUGUCGCUUCGCAGAGGAAUUACACGCUGCAGGAGGGAGACAAGAUCCAGCUGCCAGCCGGGGAGUACCACAACGUCUUCACCAUCUCCCGGGAGCCCUCCUGCUACAUGUAUCUCUACGUCAACACGACCGAGGUGGCCCUGGAGCGGAAUUUCACCCAACUUCAGGAGUUGCGGGAGAAAGUUCUGAACGGGACUGAAACGGAGCCUCUCCCGCCAGAGCUGCAGCCCAUCUUGGCGGACUCUCUGGGAAACGCCACGCAGGCAGACCCGGUGGUGGCGGCUUUUCUCCAUCGGCAGCGGCGCAUGGAGGAGCGGCAGAGGCGGCGCAACGCCACGCUGGCCGAGCGGCUGCAGCGCUUCCUCAGCAAGAAGUACUUCGUCUUCCGCAGGAGCCUUCUGAUGACCAGCAUCUCCCUGCGGAACCUGGUGCUGGGCCGCCCCCCCCUCUCCCAGCUGGCCCAGGAGGUGGCCUACGCCAACAUGAAGGAGGCUGCCCAGGAGGAGGCGGCCCCCCCUGGGCCGGAGCGCUCGGACCUCUGAAAGCCGCCGCUACCUCAACCGCUGCUGCCACUGUCACCACUAGCCAUGAAGGCCUUAACUGGGGGAUGUCGCCAGGCCUGAGGAGUCGCCUUGGUGGGUUGCUUGGCCGGAGCCCCUUCCCCUCCCUCUUCCCGAGACUGGAGGGGGGGUGGGCUCCGAGCCAGCCUGAUCCUCCCCCACCCUAGAGGGGCCGGGUGGAGCUUAGGACCCUUGCAGAAAACGCUGCAG